CUCCUUCCUGACUCCCUUCGCACGACUCCUUUGCUAGAACAUCGAACAAGUCCUCGACAUAAAUUGCAACAAUGGCUCCUCCAUCCACAGUCAAAGCCAUCACAAUCAAUGGCAAUAAAGCUCAAGUUGCUGAGAUAAACCUUCCCAAAGUCCGACCAACAUACUUGCUGGCGAAAGUGGAAGCCAUUGCCUUGAACCCGACUGACUGGAAGCACAUCAAUGGCAAGCGAGCUGCAGAUAAUGGUCUCUCUGGCUGUGACUUCUCAGGCACAGUGGUUGAAGUCGGAAGUGAUGUGACCAAGCAAUUCCAAGUCGGCGACCGCAUCGCAGGCACCACCCACGGCGCCAACGCCAGCCAGCCCGAAGACGGCUGUUUCGCAGAAUACGCUGUAGCCAAAGCCGAUUUACUCGUCAAGAUCCCCUCCAACCUCUCCUUCGAGCAAGCCGCAACUUUCCCUCUCGGCGUCAGCACCGUUGGUCAAGGCCUCUACCAGAAGGCACUCAAACUCAACCUUCCAACCGAUCCCAUCCCAAAGGACUCUCAAUCCGUCCUCAUCUACGGCGGCUCUACUGCAACCGGAUCUCUCGCCAUCCAAUUCGCCAAGCUCUCCGGCUACAAAGUCCUCACGACUUGCUCUCCACACAAUAACGACUUUGUCAAAUCUCUCGGUGCUGACGCAGUCUACAACUACCGCGACGCAGACUGCGGAAAGCAAAUCAACCGCGACACAAAUGACUCUCUCAAACUAAUCUGGGAUACCAUUUCUCUCGAGGCUUCCGCAAAGAUCUGUGCUGAGGCUUUGUCAUCCGAUUCCAAAGAUGCUCGAUACGGCACAAUCUUGCCAGUCAAGCUCCCAGGCCGCACAGAUGUGACAACGACUUUCACAUUCAUGUACACAAUCUUCAAUGAUCCUUUCAUGAAAGCUGGACGAGAAACUCCAGCUGUUCAAGAGGACUUUGAAUUCGCGAAGAAGUUCUUCCAGAUUACAGAGGAUCUGUUGAAGGAGGGCAAGUUGAAGACACAUCCGGAGCAGGUGGGUGGAGAAGGUUUGGCAGGAGCGUUGAAGGGAAUGGAGGAUAUGAAGAAUGAUAAGGUGUCUGGGAAGAAGUUGGUGUACCGUGUUGCGGAGACGCCAGCGAGUGCGGUGGGAAGUGCAACUGUUGAGUUGUGAAGUGGUGGUUUGAUCACCACUCUUGGGCAAUGAAAGUGGCGCUAUUCCUGUCGUACAUUUAGACAUCCGUUCAUCAGGAACUACCGGCCAGCGAAAGGUGUUACUGCGCCUUUGAGAUCCAGUCUGUCUUGUGUCCCAUGUAGGGGCGUCCUCGGAGAUAUAUGUUCCUUAUCAAGAUGAUCGUCUCGGUGAGGCUAGUCUUGAGCGAUAAAUCUCUCGUACGACUGUAGUCUCUCGUUUUCUGAGCUGA